AUGACGGAAAUGACGAAGGAUGUUUUGAUCGCCGCGUGCAAAAAAAACGGCGGUUACGCGGCUCCUCGUCUAAAUGAUCAACUUUUCCUUCAAUGUCGUGGGUUCCUCCGUAUCGAAAAUCUUGAGGAAUAUGUAAAUCUAAAGGUUUUGUGGCUGGAGCAGAAUGCCAUUAGCGAUUUUUAUGGAAUAGAGACACUACAGCAGUUAGUUUCUUUGUUUGUGCAAAACAAUACAAUUUCAUCCCUCGACACACUUCCCCCGUUGAAUGGUCUCCGCGUGCUUAAUAUAUCUCACAACUACCUGACUUCCCUUUCGGGUAUUGCAGCGGGAUGCCCGCAAUUAGAAACACUUCAGGCGUCCCAUAACCGUAUUGGAAGUCUGAAAGAAUGCUGCAGCCUUUGGGAUCUCAAAGACACCCUGACGAGUGUGGAUCUUUCCUUCAACAAAAUCGAGAUUGGGGAGGGUGAUAUGGGACCAGUGGAGUUUUUUGGACAGUUGCCGAAUGUGAGCGUCAUCUAUUUUCAUGGAAACCCCGGAAGUCAUGGCAUGAAGGGUUACCGCCGUAGUAUGAUUCUCCAUUUACCACAGCUAAAGUACUUGGAUGAGCGACCCGUCUUCACUGAGGAGCGACGUGUUGUGGAGGCGUGGGGUAGUGGAGGGGAGGCUGCGGAGGGACGUGAGCGUGAGGCCAUUCGUAAGGAGAAAAAGGACCACUUGCAGAGUUGUGUAAAGGUUUUGUAUGACCGUAUGGAGGAAAACAGGGAGGUUAGGGACCGAUUGACAAAACAGUGGGAGGAGAGGAGAGCAGUGGAAAUGGAGUGGUGGAAGGAGGAGCGGCGCAAACAACGUACCCAAGUGAGUGAGCUUGAGGGUUCGGAGGAACUGUCGAGGAACCUCCUCACUGCGGCUGAAGAAGAAGAAUAUGCAACUAUAGUGAAGGACUUCCGUGUGGGAGGGGAUGCAAUUCGCGCUUCAGAGGUGGAACGCCGCAAAGCUUAUGAACAACAACAGGCCGUUGAGGCUGUUCGAGCAGCUGCACUCAGAGAGAUUGAGGAGGAGGAGGAGAAGGAAGGAGAGGCCACCGUGGAGGGGUCUGAACGUGCAGUUUUUCUUUCCGACGAGGAUAUGCUGCAGGAGGUGGAGGAGGAGAUAUUUAAGGUUCUGGGAUCUGUAGAGAAGGAUCCGUAUGUCGGCCGGACGUCACUUAAGAUGGGACGCGCCGUAGGUGCCGCCACGUCGCGGUUAUGUGGAGACCAGAGCAAACGCAAGUCACGUAACGGAAUUUGGGAGAAGUUUUAUUCGUGGGAGAAACGUAUAGAGUAA